AAUAUUUUUACUGUAUCAUCAUAUUUUAUCAUACUUUGUGUCAUCUAAUAUGCAAAUAAUUCAUCAAAUGUUAAUAAUAUUUAUUUUAUUACAAAUUAAUGGCAUUUAUAAUACAGAGAAAGAUAGACAACAAGAAAUAUUUGUGAGAAAAAAUGUUAAUGACUUGACAUUCAAUGAGUGGAAAGAUUUCAAACGUGGUAUUAGACUAAUGAAAGAGAAACACAUCCGAAAUCCAUUGGGUUUUUACUUUCAGUCAAACAUUCACGGGUGGAAUGAAUACGACGGUUCCGAAAGAGCCAACUAUAUCGCCGAUGCCUUCAAUUGGCACAAGUGUUCGCACGAACACUACUUCUUCCUUGUCUGGCAUCGCAUGUAUGUCUACUUCUUUGAGCGCAUCCUAAGACAUGCCACUAAUAAUCCUAGAUUUACACUUCCAUAUUGGGAUUACACUGAUCCGCGACAACGAGAAAUACCCGAACCGUUUCGGGUUCCUAACAAUGAAACAUUAAAUCCAUUGUAUGAAAGCAAACGAUGCAAAAACAUAAACGAAGGAAAGCCGUUAAAUGCAGAAAUAACUGAUCCAAUGCCAGCUUUGUUCAGCAAAUUCUUUGCCGCAAACAAAAGCAAUGAAUUAAAUGUUUGUCAUUCAUUAGGUGGCGGACGUAUAGAUAAACCAUUAUUUAGCGGUAACAGAGAAGGACUCCUUGAGCGUAUACCUCACGAUCGUAUUCAUAUAUAUGUUGGGGGACCGGGAGGUUAUAUGGCUGACCUGUGCAAUGCAGCCAGAGAUCCUGUGUUUUGGAUAAAUCACGUCAUGAUUGAUAGGAUAUGGGAAUCAUGGCUUACAAUGGGUGGACAAAACCUGAUGGAAGAACAGUAUCUCAAUCAAGGAUUCAAGUUUUACAAUGAAUCGGGAAUUUUGGACACUUAUUAUGUGCGGGACUUUCUUGACAUUACAAAACUUAAUUACAAAUACGACUCAUUAAUCAAAAUUGACCACAAAAUAGAAGUGACUGAAAAUGAAAAUCCAAGACUUUAUGUAUCCGUCGAUGAAAGCAAAACUCUUGAUAUAACUAACAAAAAGCGUUCAAUUAUUUUAAAAAUCAAACAAAACUUUAAGUCAUUAUUUGAAAACAUAGCAAAAGGAAAAGUACCAAAAAACAGGAUUAGGUUUACUCUCCAGACAGUGAUCGCUGGUUCACAAAGUGGUCUAUUCUUUCAAUUAUACUUAAAUUUGCCGAAAAACACGAUGCCAUACGAGGACAGACCUAAUUUUUUGGGGACAAUCGCCAAUUUUCAGGCUAAUUGUAUCCCUCGUCAAAAUAGAAAAGCAAUGGGAAUUACACACUGUUUUGACAUAACUAACAAUUUGUUUACAAUCAUACAAAAUGAUUACAACUAUAACGGAGUACUUCCUAAAUAUUUUAAUCUAACAAUAGUUCCCAAAUCAUGUGAUGAUAUCUAUUAUCCAGAAGACGAUGAGUUUAUUAUUGAAUUUGACAGGACUUUACUCAUUCAUUAUUAUCCAUAA